AUGUUUCGGAACGCUCUCCGACAGUCCACGCGCGCCGUGGGCGCCGUCUCUGCCGCCGGCAGGAUCGCCGCGGUCCGAAAUGCCGCACCCGCCGCCAUCAAUGUUCAGGCUCGAUCCUACGCCGCCGACGCCAAACCCGCGCCGACUGAGGUCUCGUCCAUACUCGAACAGCGAAUCCGCGGCGUCCAGGAAGAGUCCGGUCUCGCCGAGACGGGCCGCGUUCUCUCUGUCGGUGACGGUAUUGCCCGUGUGCAUGGCUUGACCAACGUCCAGUCCGAGGAGCUCGUCGAGUUCGCCUCUGGCGUCAAGGGCAUGUGCAUGAAUCUCGAGGCCGGCCAGGUCGGUGUCGUCUUGUUCGGCUCCGACCGUCUUGUCAAGGAGGGCGAGACCGUCAAGCGAACCGGUGAAAUCGUGGACGUUCCCGUUGGCCCUCAAAUGCUUGGCCGUGUCAUCGAUGCUCUGGGUAACCCCAUCGACGGCAAGGGUCCCAUCAAGACCACGGAGAAGCGCCGUGCCAUGCUCAAGGCCCCGGGCAUUCUGCCCCGCAAGUCUGUCAACCAGCCGGUGCAGACCGGCUUCAAGUCGGUCGACGCCAUGGUUCCCAUCGGCCGUGGCCAGCGUGAGCUGAUCAUCGGUGACCGUCAAACCGGCAAGACGGCCGUCGUCCUCGACACCAUCCUUAACCAGAAGCGAUGGAACAACGGCAACGACGAGGAGAAGAAGCUCUACUGUGUCUACGUCGCCGUCGGCCAGAAACGAUCCACCGUCGCCCAGCUCGUCAAGACGCUCGAGGAGAACGACGCCAUGAAGUACUCCAUUGUCGUCGCCGCCACCGCCUCCGAGGCCGCCCCUCUGCAGUACCUUGCUCCCUUCACCGGGGCUUCUGUAGGUGAGUACUUCCGAGACACGGGCAAGCACUCGCUGGUCGUCUAUGACGAUCUGUCGAAGCAGGCCGUUGCCUACCGUCAGAUGUCACUGCUGCUGCGCCGCCCCCCCGGCCGUGAGGCGUACCCCGGUGACGUCUUCUACCUGCACUCGCGUCUGCUGGAGCGUGCCGCCAAGCUCAACAAGGACCACGGCGGUGGCUCCAUGACGGCCCUGCCCAUCAUCGAGACCCAGGGCGGUGACGUGUCUGCCUACAUCCCCACCAACGUCAUUUCCAUCACCGACGGCCAGAUCUUCCUUGAGUCCGAGCUGUUCUACAAGGGUAUCCGACCCGCCAUCAACGUCGGUCUGUCCGUGUCUCGUGUCGGAUCCGCCGCCCAGCUCAAGGCCAUGAAGCAAGUCGCUGGCUCCCUGAAGCUCUUUUUGGCCCAGUACCGUGAGGUUGCUGCCUUUGCUCAGUUUGGUUCCGAUCUCGAUGCCGCCACCAAGCAGACCCUGUCCCGAGGUGAACGCUUGACCGAGCUCCUCAAGCAGAAGCAGUACUCUCCCAUGGCCGUCAACGAGAUGGUUCCCCUCAUCUUCGCCGGUGUCAACGGGUAUCUCGACCCGAUCCCCGUCAACAAGGUUCUGCAGUGGGAGGCCGACUACCUCUCCCACCUGAAGGCCAACGAGUCUGAGCUGCUGGCAACUCUUGACAAGGAGGGCUCCAUCAGCAAGGAGACCGAGGCCAAGCUAAAGGAGAUUACCCCGGCGUUCAUCAAGAGCUUCCUCGGCUAA